UCCUCCUCUUUGGCUCAGCCUCAGGUCUCCUGCCCAAGUUGCCUGGGGCGUGUUGAGAAGAAGAAGAGGAGGAGGAGGAGGAGGAGGAAGAGGAAGAGACAAGUUCUCUUCCUCCAGAUCGAGAGAGAGUCAAAGAGCCUCAGACUUCCUGCCGCUUUGGACCGGGAACACCUUUCCCCAGAGCAAAGGGAGCCUCACCUGGACGCACAGUAUGUUGCUUCCUCGCUUCACAAGAAUUGAACUGAUUGGGAAAUAACCAUCUGCAGAGCAACACCUAGACUCUGAAUUCUUCCUCCUGAAUGCAUCUCUUACCCAUGGCAACAAAGAGGGUAGUGAUCCUUCUCUGUUGGCUGAACCGUGCCAUUCAAUGUAGAGGGACAAUGUGCUAACUGACCACACCUGAGAGGCCUUUAAAGAAGACGUGGGAGACUGACUCCUACCAAAUCACUUGCCAUGGAUCAAGACAUCAACAUAGAUGCCUUGCUGGACCUCAGCUUCCUGACAGAGGAGGAGCAGAAUGCCAUUGCAGACGUUCUAAGGAGGGAUUCGCAGCUUCGGAUGCUGGAGGAGGGACGAAUCAGCAAACUGCGUGAGUCUGUCUCAGAUCCCAACUGGCUGAAGAUCUUAUCCGGAGACUGGUUUUGUGAUCUUCGCGCCAAGCGGCAUCAUCACAAAUUUUUCGGUGCAGAUAUUGUCCGGGCUUCAAUCCGUCGGAAAAAGAAGCCCAAAGCGGAUGAAUGGGAAGCAAAACAACGGGCCAGCCUGGGAGAUUUGGAAGUGAUCAGUGAACCCGUACCUGAGGAGGAGGAGGAGGACAUGCCAGAUGUUAGCGAUGGGCUCCGCAAUGAGAUUGCUGCUCCCCAACCCUCUGGGCCAGAAGAGACUGAAACUCUGCAGGAUGCAAUCCAGUCUCGGGAGGAAGUGGUUGAGACCAAGCCAGAAGAAAGUGAUUCGUUUAGUAGCCUGAGUUCGGAGGAGGAGAAACCGCCAAUGGAGAACAUACCAGCCAUCAUAGUCACAGCACAGAGUAAUGGAAGUCUUGGAAAUGGCCAGGACAUUGUGCUGAAUUCAUCAUCUCCCAAGAACCGGGCUGCAACCCGACAGAAUAAAUUACAGAGCACCAGCUCCUCCUUUUCUAGCCUGAGCUCAUCUACGAUGAGUGGCAGCACAAUGAGUGUUUUCAGUGACAAUGAUAUUGGGAAUGUGGAAGUCCGAGGCUGCAUCCAGUUCUCUCUGCAGUAUGACUCCCUAAAGAGGGAACUACAUGUUCAAGUGAUCCAGUGUCGGGAUCUUGCUGAGGCCAAGAAGCAGCGGUCAGAUCCCUAUGUCAAAACCUACCUCCUUCCUGACAAAUCCAACCACAGCAAGAGGAAAACAGCAGUCAAAAAGAGAACUCUUGACCCCAUCUUCAAUGAGACCCUUAAGUACAAGAUUGAAAAGGCUGAAUUGCAGAGCCGGAUCCUGAAUGUGUCUGUCUGGCAUAAUGAUGCCUUGGGCCGAAACCUUUUUAUGGGAGAGGUCGAGCUUGCGUUGAAUGCCUGGGAUUGGACCAACACAGGUCCACAGUGGUUUAACCUCCAGCCCAGGACUCUGCUCAGCCCUGAUGCCUCAUCUAACUGUGGAAAGAUCAUUCUCGCCAUAAAAUUCAUCCCAGCUGGAUCAGAAGAGCCAGGGCUUCCUCCCACUGGGGAGCUCCAUAUCUGGGUGAAGGAAGUGCAGAACAUCACUCCACGGAGGGGCAACACAGCAGACACCUUCGUUCAGUGCUACAUCCUCCCUGAUGACAGCAAAGCCGGCCGGCAGAAGACUCGCAUUGUUAAGAAGAGCCUCAGCCCCAUUUUUAACCAUACCAUGGUUUAUGAUGGCUUCCAGGCCAAGGACUUGGUGGAGGCAUGCGCGGAGUUCACUGUAUGGGAUCGUGAGAAAUUCUCCAAGCAGCAGCUGGGUGGCAUCCGCCUGAGUCUUGGCACAGGCAACAGCUAUGGCCUCCCUGUCCCUUGGAUGGAUUCGACAGAGGAGGAGCGCCAUGUUUGGGAGAUGGUGUUCAAGCAGCCGCGACAGUGGGUCGAAGGCAAACUUCCCUUGAGGACCAACUUGACCCCUCGGACUUAAUCUCACCCUGCAUUCGCCGUUUGAGCUUCGUGGGCUAAUGGCAAAGCGUGGAUCUACUUCCACAGAAGGAACCUGAUAGAUGUAAUUUCUGGAGGCCGACCAUGGCUGGGGACAACAAACUUGGUGCUGGACGUCACGCUCCGUUGAAAAGAUUGAGACAGUGCGGCUGUCUCCUUUACCUGAACUCCUUGCUCUCACAACGCGAGGGGGAAAGACAACUCAGCUAGGGAGGGCGCCA